AUGUUCCUCAACGGGAGCAGCAUGAUUCAGCAUCAGCGUCAGCUCAGCCGUCUGAGUCUAAAAGUGUGGGGAAAGGCUCUGUUUCCAUGGAGACAGUACUGGUUAACCAGUUACCAGGACAACGAUCACCCCUCAUCAGAGUCACUGGAAAAGCCCAACCAGAGCUUGAGAAACCUCUACACCACCGCCAGGCCUCAAGCCCCAAGCCCCAGGUCUCCAAGCCCCACCAUGCAGGGAGGACCAUCACCGACCAAUGCCAAAGAGCCAGCCUCUGCAUAUCCCCCCAAGCCACCACGGCUGUCCCCCACCCCGAUCUCCACCCCUUCCAUCAGCCCUCUAACGAAGAGAAGGAAGGGAGAGCCGGGGAGGACAUCUCCCUCGCUGAAGAUGACCAUUCCUACCAUCCUGGUGGAGGACGAGCUCAUGGAAAUGGAAGAGGAGGAGGCCGGAGAGAAGAGAGAGAGAGAAAAGACGAGAAGAGCAGGGAAGAAGGAGGGCAGGGCUUCCAAGACUCAGAAGAAGGGAAAAGUCUCAGGAAAGUCUUGGGAAAGUCAGCCUAUGUCUCCUGAGACAGGAGACGAUUCAGAUGACUCUUACAUGUCGGCAGAUGAGGGGCCAGCUGAGAAACCAGCGUUUGAGAGGCCCCUGGGAGACACCAUCGCCACCUCUGGCUCUGAGGUCCUGCUCAAAUGUGUCAUCACUGGCAGCCCCCCUCCCAAUAG